GGGCUGGCCGGGGAGGGCGGCAGAUCGCGCCCAGCGGCGGGAGCGGCGGUGCUGGCGAUGGGACAGGGCGCUGCCUUGGCGGGGACCUACCUUACCAGUGUGAGAGGGGAAUUGCAUGAGCAUACUGUGGAUUUUUUGUCUGUACAUGCUACUUGAUUAUCCAUCUCUUACUGACCCACCCGAGAAAAGUGAAGAAGGAUCAAGCAAAAAUCAUUGUCUCGUCACUUCUACCUGAGAGCUGGAUGAAUUUUAUGACACUUGCUGGAGAACUUACCUGGACCAUUAGAAAUGCAGCAGCUUGUGCUGCCUCUCUGAUCAGCAGAGCUUUCUGCAUGGAAUACAAGAAUCAAGUUGGCUUAAGUCAAAGCAUGUGCAAGUUUGACUAAUUGUUGUACUUCUAAUACGACUCCAGACUUCACUAAGGCUUUCCAAGGCAGUCAUUUCUCAUGUAGUUUGAAUGUUUUCAACUGACAUUUGAAUGUUUUUAAUAAAUCUGGUGUAGCUGUGGAAAGGGAGGAGGGUGUGAACUUUUGCCUUUUAAGUUCAGAGUGAGUUUCAAAGCCACGCUUCCUAGUGUGAUCCAUGCUAUGGCAGCAACCUACAGACUUCUGGUCACUUCUCUGAACUGCUACAGCAGCGUGGUGAUAGACCAGCAUUUUCAACACACUGUGCAUUACUGCACAGGGACUUGCCAAGUGUUUAAGCAAGGGGUUACAUGUAUAGUAGCCCACCACAGUGUCUGUGCGGAGCUUGGUGUCCAAGAUGCCAACCUUGACCAUAAAAUUCCUGUUCCUGAAAAUGGACUUACUGUGCUUGGAAAUGAGGACUAUCAGCAAAUCCUCCCAAAUAAUCCAAAAAUGAAAAAGGGCUCUUCAGUGCAAGUCUCCAGCAGUUUCAAAGACAUUACAGGUGAGGCAAUAAACCUUGCCAGUGGUAAAAUAAAGGAGUUCUCAGUUGAAAAGCUGAAAAACUCUUCCAGUCACGUGGCCUACAGAAAAGGGAGGAAGGUUCGGUCAGAGUCCUUCAGCAGACGGUCAUUUGAUUUUGACUUGAUUUAUGGGCACCUCAACAAUGAUGAGAACUGUCCUCCCUGUGGCUUUUUGCAGAGUCCCUCCACUGUGGAGAAGUGGCAGGAGAGUAAUGAUGCUCCAGAAAUCACCACGAACCCUGUGGUUCCCUUCUCCCCUCAUUCCUUCUCUGAAGAAAACUUAAUUACCCAGAUUUUGGAAAAACACAAGCUAGAUGGUUCUUCUGGUGGGGAUAUUAAGGUGUGCUUAGACAUCUUGCUCAAGUGCUCAGAGGAUCUGAAAAAGUGCACAGACAUAAUAAAACAUUGUAUCAAAAGGAAGUCUGCAGACAGUGGAGGGAACAGCAAUGAUCCCCAUGCUAAUUCAGAAAUGAUAUACAUGAAUCUGAUGACAAGAUUUUCUUCAUACCUGAAAAAGCUGCCCUUUGAGCUGAAGCCACCAGGACACAAGGAAGCUAGUGACUUGGCAGAACUAGUUAACUGUUUUCAUGGCUUGCAGCAAACUCCUUUUCCCUCAGUGUUUGGAGAUGACCAGCCACCUAGAUACGAAGAUAUUGUUCAGCUGCCAUCCUCAAGUGCAGUUCCUCUUGGACUACCAGGUGAUCAGCAUGAGGUGAGAAACACCUCUCAGUCCAUCCAAACAAAUACUGUGAGCUUUACCUCAAACUCCCUUCAUGGUAUCCCCCAGGAGAACAGCGUGGGAACUGCAAAAGAUGCUUGUGCUCUACCUCAGUUACCAGCCACAAGCCCUUCUGACUGCACAUCUUCCACUGAGGCUCUGUACAUUGAGGAGGAGUCUGAUGGGGAGAGAAUGUUAGGGAAAAUAAAGAAGGCAGAGCAGAAAGGGGGCUGGGAGAGGUUAGAGCGCAGCUACCAGCCAGCUGGUUGUUCAGAUCCAACUGCUGACACUAAAGCCGAAAGUGCCAGAGUGGGAGAGGCUGAGUCCUCCCAUGUUUCUGAGAAAAUUACUCCUUUAAAACCAGUUUUGGAUUCUGUAGUGCGUGGUUCCCAAGCUGAUGUCUCCAAAGGAGAACUGAUGUGCAGUAAGAUAGACAAGGAGGAGAUAGACAAACUGCUGCUGGACUUGGAGUGCUUCUCUCAGAAAAUGGAGACUACUUUGAGGGAAUCCUCUCUAAAGGAGAGUGAACCUGCCCGUUUGCAGGUGUUUGGCUGGCAGGAUAGGCAGGUACUACCUCCAGCUCUUGAACCCAAAAGUAAACCCAUUGACCCCACUUCACCUCUGUCAAAAAUCAUGGAAACCAAUGGUCAUAAAAUGGAAGAGGAGGACAAAGCCCUUUUACUGCGUAUCCUGGAAAGCAUCGAGGACUUUGCCCAGGAACUAGUGGAAUUCCAGACAGGCAAGGGAAGCUUGUCCAAGGAGAGGGAAGUGAUGCAGAUUCUUCAGGAAACUUUAACAACUCCUUCACAGUCCCUCCUUGCAAGGCAGAAAAGCUGUGCUGGGGCUGCCUUCAGAGACUCUGUUCCAGCUUCAAUUCAGCAGGCUCCAGAAGUGAUUAAGAUUCAAAGUAAACAAGAGAAGAAACCUGGAGCUUCCUCCCCAGCCCCAUUGAACUCUGCAGUUAGCCCUUGCACUCUUCUGCCUGGGAGUAAAGCCACCAGCAGUACUCCUUUGUCGAUAAACAUUCCACGUUUCUACUUCCCUAAAGGACUUCCCAAUGUCUGCACUAAUCAUGAAGAAAUCAUUGCCAGGAUUGAAGAAGCCUUUACAGAGCUUGAAGAUGAGAAAGCAAACAUCUGUGAAAUGGGGAAAAUUGCUAAGGUAUGUGGCUGCCCACUCUACUGGAAAGCACCUAUGUUCAAUGCAUCAGGAGGAGGAAGGACAGGAUGUGUAUCUGUACACUCCUUCGUGUCUAUGUGGAGAAAAACCCUACGUAACUGCCACGAUGAUGCAUCCAGAUUCACGUACCUCUUAGCAAAGCCUGGCUGUGACUACUUAGAACAGGACGACUUCAUCCCACUGCUUCAGGAUGUGGUGGAGACUCAUCCUGGCCUGACGUUCCUGAAGGAUGCUCCCGAGUUCCAUUCCCGGUAUAUUACAACGGUUAUACAGAGAAUAUUCUACACAGUUAAUCGAUCCUGGUCUGGGAAGAUCACUCUAACAGAGCUCAGGAAAAGCAACUUCUUGCAAACUCUUGCUCUCUUGGAAGAAGAGGAUGACAUAAAUCAGAUCACAGAUUAUUUCUCCUAUGAGCACUUCUAUGUUAUAUACUGUAAAUUCUGGGAGCUGGACACUGACCAUGACCUUUACAUCAGCCAGAAGGAUCUGGCUAGGUACAGUGAUCAAGCACUAUCAAACAGGAUUAUUGAGCGAAUAUUCAGCGGUGCUGUGGUGAGGGGCAGUGAAGUUCAAAAGGAAGGCCGCAUGAGUUACGCUGAUUUCGUGUGGCUCCUGAUUUCGGAGGAGGACAAAAGGAGUGCUACAAGCAUUGAGUACUGGUUCCGGUGCAUGGACCUGGAUGGGGAUGGAGUGCUCUCCAUGUAUGAACUGGAAUACUUUUAUGAGGAGCAGUGUGAGCGGAUGGAAGUGAUGGGCAUAGAACCACUGCCAUUUCAUGACUUGCUGUGUCAGAUGCUUGAUCUUGUGAAGCCAGAGAGGGAAGGAAGAGUAACCCUGCGAGACCUGAAGAGGUGCAGAAUGGCUCAUGUGUUCUACAACACCUUCUUCAACUUAGAGAAAUACCUGGACAAUGAACAGAGGGAUCCCUUUGCAGUGCAAAAGGAUGUUGAAAAUGAUGGCCCUGAACCCUCUGACUGGGACAGAUACGCUGCUGAGGAGUACGAGAUCCUUGUGGCUGAGGAGUCUGGGAACGAACAGUUGCAGGAAGGAUCAUUUGAAGAAGACUAUGACACAGAUGAAGUCUUAUCUCCCCCUGAAACUGCAGACAAGUCAGACAAACUAGUUCUCUCAGAUCUCUCAGCAUAGAGAAAUGGAAGACAUUUAAUCACUGCCUUUCAAACUGGAGAGCAUUCAGUCCCAAGGCACUUAGGGGUUCUUCCUAGAUCCAUCAUUGGAGCAAUGUGCUUUCUUUUGUACCCCAUAACUUGGGCACCCUUUUUCUCUUCCUGUGUAAUUGUAAUAAGGUAAUUUCUAUAAAACAAAAGGCUUUUUACAAUGUGGUAUUGUGCACCCUCAUUAAAAAUGGUGAUUGCACCUUGUUUCAUGUAUAUAUAAAUCCUGUUAUGUCCCCAGAUGUGCAAUACAUGCCAGCAGCUAACCAUCAACUCAGCUGCACGCAGUACCUGCGGUGCUCAUUUCCCAGCCAGUUCCAUCUUCUGCCAAUCGGGGCUUGAUUUUAGACCAGGAGUGACAAAAAGCUGCCAAAUCUACUUAAUUUAAAUGUAUGUCCUGAAAUGUUGUAAAUGUUGCAAGUCACAAGGAAGUUCUGUUGUUUUUCUUAGUGUCCUGGAAGCCACAGCACCACGUCUGCACGUGGGGAGGGUGACGUUGUGCUUUAAACCACAAGCACUUGCAGUUGGUACUGGGCAUAUUUUACUGGUAUGAAUCUGUGGACAGUUAAAGCACUACAUGGUGUAAUGGUUCUCUAAGAAUCUGAGCUGUAAUUAACAUUUCCACCUAUUAUCCUGUGCUGCAUGAAAUGAUUUUCCUCAGUUUUGUCUCUGUAGAAGCAUUUUCAAGCCUAUUUCCAACAACCCCACAGCUGCUGGUCAGGUAGGGUGUUGAAACUGGUGUCUUCUGUGCACUGGCUCCAUCCACUCCCCGUGGUGUUGUCCUCUCUUACAGUGUGAACCUCUGGCCUUCUCUGAGAGACACAGCUGAGAUCACGAAGAAAAAACCCAACCCUACCCUAGUGUGGUAGCUGUUAACAGAGGGAUCCUUUAACUGGUAAAGGGAUUAGUGUCUACUCUUGCCAUAGUUUUAUUUUGCACCCAUGAGGCAGGCCCUGGCCUCCAAGAGGAAACACUGGAACUAAGGAAUUCUUGCUUUCAGUGUAGACUUCAACUGUCAUUCCCCCUAGAACCACAACUGCUGUCUCUGGUACUCACACCUGUGCUGCUGCUGGGGCUGUUCCUCCUCCCCAGGCAGGAGCUGGCUGAUAUCUCACACACAGGGAGUAGAGCAUCCUCUUACCAGCCCUCGAUGUCAGCAGCCACAGCUACACAGACCUGGCACUCACCUUCUCCAGCCUGGGACAGCUUUCAGCCGUCAUAGUUUAUUUUCUCCCACCACCAUUGUGCCCACAGAUGCCAUGUGGGGUUGGUGUGUGGAUGCUGCAUUUCCUCUUUCCUCACUGUGGGAAUACCAGAGCCUACCUCCUCCUCAGGAUGUUCCUGCAUGGAUGCCCCAGAGACACCUGCCAGCCCCUGGAUCACAUCUCAUGACUUCAAACUGGGAGGACUGGCUGGUUCACUGGAGGCUGUGCUGCCUGCAGCGAGAUCUGGACAAGCUGAGAUUUGAGCAGAGAGAAACCUCCUGAGGUUCAGUGAGAGCCAGUGCAGAGUCCUGCAGAGAGCAGCUCCGUGGAGAGGGACCUGGGAGUGCUGGUGGGCAGCAAAUAAAUGUGAGCAGCAACGUGCCCUCGUGGGCAUGAAGGCCAUUGGCAUCCCAAGUUGUAUUAAAGAGUGUGGGCAACAGGUUGAGGGAGGUUCUCCUCCCCCUCUACUCUGCCCUGGUGAAGCCUCAUCUGGAGUCCUGUGUCCAGUUCUGGGCUCCCCAGUUCAAGAGGGACAGAGAACUGCUGGAGAGAGGCCAGUGCAGGGCCACCGAGGGGUCUGGAGCAUCCCUGUGAGGAGGAAAGGCUGCUGGCCCUGGGGCUGUUCAGCCUGUGGGAGAGAAGGCUGAGUGGGGACCUCACCAACACUUACAAGCACCUAAAGAGUGGGUGUCAGGAGGAUGAGCCUAUACUUUGUUCUCUAGUGUCCAGUAACAGGACUGGGAGUAAUGGACAUCAGCUGGAACACAAACAGUUCCACUGGCACAGGAGGAGAAACUCCUUUGGUGCUGAGCUGAGGGAGCCCUGGCCCAGGCUGCCCAGGGAGGCUGCAGAGGCUCCUUCUCAGGAGGUCUCCAAACUGUCUUGGAUGUGUUUCUGUGCCCUGUGAUUGAGGGGAACCUGCUUUAGCUGGAGGUUGGGCUAGAUGAGCUCUGCAGGGCCCUUCCAACCCCCACCACUCUGGGAUUCUGUGAUUCCGAGCAGGCACCUUCCUGCCUGCAUUAAAUGCAGAGCCCAGAUACGAGAGGGCUCGUGUCUGCAUGCACACACCCCUGACAGCCAUGUGUUCGUACACACAGUGGCACAGCAGAACAGUGAUCCCCAGACAGCACCUCUGAGUGUUCAAAACCAAACAAGUAAUUGGUUGAUCACUAAAAUGUAGCUUCAGCUUUUCCAGGAGCCUUUGAAGCACACUGGCUGCCUCCUGCUGCCCAGGUGGGACACACUGCUGCCCUGGUGAGAGCAGGAGGAAGCUCUCAGGUUGUACUGGGCUUGGAGAGCUCUCUUCUUCAACAAAGCUGCCAUUUUAUCCAGAUUCACUUACCCCAGGAUUUGACAGCUGGGAAAUCUCUGGAUGCUCAGGUUAUUAGCAAAGGCACUUGAAGGUAACUUCCACUCCAUAAUGCAAGAUGUAAGCAGGGAGCACCCCAACCAAAUGAGGAUGAGCCUCAUUGAAUGGAGCAAGCACGAGAGGUGUCUGUUCAGCACUAGGUGUUUAAAUUGCAUCUCCAUCAUCACUGUAACCUUGAGGGGAAAAGCCUUACUGGGAAUGACUCCACAAAGGCCCAGGUGCAGAAGAAACCAAGUGAACACAGGAUGGAAGUCACACAACUGCUAAUGGUAAACAAACGACACAAAGCAGUUCACUGCCUUUCUUCACUGUCCAGCUCCAGAGUGCUCUUCUGCUCUUAGUUUGAUACAAUUUUACAUCUCUCCAAAGACAAAGAUUCCUCAAAGGAACAAGAAGAACCUGACUCCAUUCUAGGCUGAGAUUGAACCUUCAUGCUACUUCAGCAUUGCUAGCUUGGAACUCCAUGAGCAGCAGUACUGGAACGUCCUGUGGGCCAGUGAUGUGAAACCUUGUUCCAGAAUGACUUAGUGAGUGUCUCUGUGAGGUUUUCACCUGGGAUGGCCUUGGUGUUUCAAAGAAAAGAGCUCUCCCAGUGCCAUACAGAGUCAUUCAGGUUGGAAGGGAUCUCUGUAGGUCUGUAGUCUACCUCCUCAAAGACAGGACACUUUCACAGGCAGAGCAAGUUUUCCAGGACCUCACGCAGCUGAGUUUCCAAAAAUCUCCCUAGGUAGUGACCCUGCAGCCUCUCUGUGUCUUACAUCUGCUCCCCACUGGGGUUGUUCAGAGCAACAUCCUUUUCCAGGAAGGAUGUCUAGUUCCAGAAAUGCAAAAUACUGUUUUCACACAAUGAUGGAGUUAGCUGAAGGACUGGAGGACUCACCAGCCUGUUCUGCAGCACCAGAGGUGUGCUGGGAUGCAGGUACAGCUUGUGAUGGACUGGGAGGAGCUGGAGCUGUCUUCUGCUGUUCUGUCCUCUCCCACCACUUGAGGAUCUUUUCUCUUUCUCCUCAUAUGCCUUUUGCAGAGGGGCUUCAACUCUCAGAAUCAAAUCAGUUCAGGCUUCCAUCUCACACUACACCAGUCUGCCUGAACUGCCUGUUGUUUUGAAGAAGUCAGUAUUCUGGGUAAAAAAUCACCAGUUACCUUCUCAAGGUUUGGCUUCAAUAAAUUGAGACAGAAGCUCACAGCUACUCUGCUGAGCCCUGUGGCCCCAGACCCAAGAGGUUCACUGCUGUGUCAGUGAUUCAAAACACAGCUCAUGCUGUCUGGUACCAACACAACAAGCUACUCAAAGAAUAAACAAACUUAGAGUAAGUGUUUUGCCUUGUAUGUCAAUAUAGAGACAAGCUACAGAGGCCACUGCCAGCGUGACCUCAGUGCAAAGCCUGCAGUAACUCAUAUUUACUCCAGGAGCAGAAAUCCAUUCUCUCUCACUGGUGCAUUGGAAACAACCAAUGUUGUUUCCCAGCAGCUGCAGGGGAAUUGUAAAGGUUUUCUGCACCCCCCUUGUGCCUCAGCCCCAUCCACAGCUGCUCUGUGUGGAAGGUUCUGCACUACAGAAGGUGCCUUUGGGAACUCCUGCCCUACAGCUCAGCUUUUCUUUCUGGGGUAAUCAAAACAUGAGGAGACAAAGAUGUUUGUGAAGAGACAGCAGAAGCUGCUGAGCUGCAGCACCCACCAGCCCCAGAGGUCAGAGGGCUCUGGAGUGAAGCAGCCCAAGAACCACCAGAGAGAAAACUGGGAGUUACUUUGCUUUGACUUUGCCUCCUGUCCCUCUGCCAGUGCCACUUGAGAUGUUGCACCCCUGUAAAGACCGUUUUUCAUUGUGAACACAGCUCAGAUUGAGGUCUUAUAAGGAGAAAGGAGUAACAGCUCACAAGAGUAGUCAGAAAAGUGGGCAAAAUUCACUUCUGCUUGAGUGAAAAAACCUCAUUUGUGUUUAUUUGUUCUCUCUGGUCUGCUUGUGCCUUGCAAAAUUAACUCCUGUGUCAUUACCAACCUCCUGCUUUUCGUUUGCUUGUUCACAGAUCUUCUCUCCCCGCAAUACUGGUGGGAGAUAGGGCUCGAUACAGCCACAGGCACUUACUGCUGGAAUGGUACUGGCUUCAUUUGUUUCUUCUCAAAUCUCAGCAGUAGUUGGUACCCAAGUUCUUGUCCAAAAGCCCCGUGGUGCUGAGCUCCCCCAGCACUGCUGCCAACAGACACUCCCCUUGGCCUUGGGGUACAGACACCACAGUGGGAAAGGCUCCUGCUCUCUGCCACUGAGGAGUCAGAGCUGACCCAGAUACUCUAACCAAGGUACUACGCUUAGUUACUAAACCCAAACAUGACUGAAAGGCCAAAAAAUCCCAAGCAGAGGCCUCUGCAGUGUCAUGUUAAUGGUGUGAAUGCUUGGAGCACGCCUCACAAACCUCAAUCUCUCCAGUUGAUGCAAGCAGAAGUGAACCUCAGUGCUGGCAGAAUGUGUGAGCAGGGCUUACCUUCCUUCUCCUCUUUUCUCCGUGUCACUGGGUGAUGGGUUUAGAAACCGAAUAUUUAACAACAAAGGUCCUCACACUUUGUAAAAGUAGUUGGAGACAUUUUGUGCUGGCAUGGUUUUAUCUUUGUUUUUACUUUGUAUGUUCUCCU